AAAAACCGAUUAGUUGAAAUGAUAAAAUAAUUCUCAAAAUCGUUGUAUUUGUAUAGUGUGUACACUUAACAGUUCAUUAAAAGAUUAUUUUUUGUCAGAAUAAAAUGCCGCUCUACAAACCAGUUGACAGUUUACUUAAUAAAUGUUUCCUUAGUUUAGAACUUUUAACAGCACAGCACACAUUAGAGAUUUCUAGAAGGAUCUGUUCUAAAGCUGACAGAUUGGAAAGGAUGAGUAAGCAGGAGACCCUGGACUCCCAGACCCUGAUAGAGUUGACCAGAAACCUAACCAAGGAAGCGGCAAAUAUGUUCAGUGAGCUUAUUUAUUCAUGUAUUCCUGGCCAUCUAAUACAGACUACAAGCCUGCAUCUACUGCGAGGGCUGGAGCGAGCAGUCAAUAUAAAAAAUGUUUUUCUAAAGAAAGUUGACUGUGAUUCAAACAUGUCUGGAAUACAGCACAGUAGAGAGAUGUCAAUUAUUAUUAAUUUCUCCGAUAUAAUUAUUACAGAAAGGUUGACUAGCUUGGAUUUGAGUGAGAUACCGAAAAUAAUUCGAGCACAUCUCUUCGAUAAACUGGAUUCCUUUACAGGACUGAAAAUAUUAAACCUGGGCUCAGGUAGUGGUGGUUGGUCUGAUUUAUAUAUCAGUAAAUUCAUCUCAGGAAUCAGACAAAUGAAGUUUUUAACUUCCUUCUCUCUCUGCUACGAUUGCAACGACGACAUUCUAAAAAUUCUGACGAGAAACUGUAAGACGACCCUUCGUGUUGUAGAUGUGGAAAUGUGUAAACGGGUAACAAAUCAAGGCGCUGAAUAUUUAAGUAGCUGCAACAAGAUUGAAAAACUUCACCUUUUUCAUACAGGAAUAAAUUCGCAAGGGCAUAUGAACUUGGUUCUUUCCUUAAAAAAUCUCAAGAUACUGGUUAGAGGAGAUUUUUUGUGUGAAACUCUGGAGUUAAUUGAUAAGGAUAAGAGAAUAAAGAAAGUAGAAUUAAGACUUGAAGAGUUCUGGAGUUCAGAAGAAUAUUAUUUUCAUGAUCUGUAUCAAAUGCAGCUGGUGCAAAAGUACUGUCCACUCCUCAGAAAAAUAAUGUUCCAGUUCAGCAAAGAAGUGAUGCAAAAUGUUCUUUUCUUGGCUGAUUUCAAAUAUCUUUCAGAUUUACAUUUGUGGGGAGGAGACUUCUAUGAGGAUGGAUUAAAUCAGCUUCUAGAACAGAUAGGACCACAGUUGAUUAUACUUUACCUCAUUCAUACUGAGAAUAUGGAUAAAUCAGCGAUCAUUUUGAUAUCCAGAGUCUGUCCGAAUCUUCAAACUCUUGGUUUAUACAAUUGUGAGCUUCAAGAAGAUAUGCAUCAGGAUGACCAUGAAGGAGAAGACGUUGAUCCGUUUGGACCCAGGAAUACAGGGGGAUUUAGAGAAUUUGGGUACAAAGAGCCUCAAAUGGAACCAUUAUUAGAGAUAAGCGUACUGCAUAUUGUUAGCCAAUGUCCUGAAUCUAUUUUUCUUCUUCUCCUCUCCUCAACAUUAAACGUAGAAGAAGUAAAAACUGGAAUCCAUUGCAAAAUAUCAGAUGCAACAAUCAACAAACUACUUCAACAAAAUAGCCUUCGUCAUCUCCAGAGCUUAUCAAUACCUGGAAAUGAAACACUGACUUACCGGUCAAUCUGGUCUCUUCUUUAUACCUGUACAAAGUUAAAAUAUCUAAGAGACCUAGAUUACUGGACAAAAUUAUCUAUAAAAGAGGUUACAUCAAUAUCUGAAUGGAUUGUUGAGAACAACUUCAAACUAGAUAUUGGACAAAGAGGAAAGGAGCCGGAAGAACAAAAGUAUUUGGACAACCUACCCUCCAGUAUUAUUAAUUAUCUCAUGGGAAAAUAAAAAAAUAAUAAAAAAAAUAAAAUUUGAAAAUAAGAAUGUUGGUUUUAGUAUUCCCUUUUGGACGAUUUUUUUUGAUUCAGACGAAAAGGUGGAUCGACUAUUUGUUUAGGUUACAAAACUGGUUUUAUGAAAUUAUAUAUAGUUGUGAACCAUAUCCCAUAAACUACCCUGUUGUAAAAGUCGUCUUUGACAAACUACAUCUCCGUCAGACCUCCGUCCACUUUCUUCUCCAAACCAAAUACUGUUCAAGGUUUCUGCAUAAACGUAAACAAAAUCCUCGUGCAACAAUAAGAUUUAAAUUCGUAAAAAAAUAGAAACAAUUUACGCUUAAAAUUCAGUGAAUCAUUUUGCAAACUAAUAGUGAAUUAAUUUUUACCAAAUGAAUAUUUUUUUUCAGAAAUUGAAUAGUUUAGACUCCGAUUCCAACCACUAUUCCCGUACUAUACGACAAUAGAUCGUAAGUUCAUGUUUGAUUCACAAUAGUACCCAUUUAAAAUAUUUCAUUUAUUAAUUCCCAUCAGUACCUUAAAAUAUUUCUUGGUCGAUUCACAACAGAACCUUUCCUUUAAAAUUCCUAUUUAUCAGUUUCAAUAAACAUUUAAUUAGUUGUAAUCAAAUAGUUACAUUUUAUUCACAUUUGUUCGUCAAUCAAAUAGUUACAUUUUAUUAACAAUUAUUAUUCACAUUUGUUCGUCAAUCAAAUAGUUACAUUUUAUUAACAAUUAUUAUUCACAUUUGUUCGUCAAUAACAAUCUGUAUUUUGUAGGAAACCUCGUUCCUGAAAUAUAUUUUCACCAGAAGUUAUCGUCUACGUAUAUGUGUGGGACUCCGCCUAGAGUUUGUAAUUCUUGAGAAGCGCCUUUACCUUGGAGAAUAUAUAUCCCGUUCUUA